UACUUUACUUCCUACAUCUGCAAGAGAAGGGAUUGAAUUGUUAACCGCGUCGUCCUUCCUCAUCAUUGACAUCAAAAUACACAUCCAAAACUUUGUGUUGAACAGCACCAUUAUCGCAUCCACAAACCAAUUGAUCCAAGUGCUCAAGGGAAAAGAAAUCAAGAUGUCGAAAAAGCACGCGACCGACUUCGAAAAGAUCAUCCACGCCGAUCGAAACCGCAAGCAGAAGGAGGCUCUCGCGGCCAGGAUAUUCAGUCGUGACAGGCGAUCCAGCGCCCCAGGCAAAGGCUCAGGCUUGUCUUCGCCCUCUGCAGCCGCCGGCUCCCUUGCUAGCCGCGUAGGAGUGAAAAAGAACCGCGCAUCUUCCGGAGCAGUCAAGCCCGGCGACGUCAAUGGUAUCUGGUUCCAUGAUCUGCAUGGCUCCUCCGCCGACGCUGCGAAACCGGCCGGGGGUUCACUAGCCAGUCGCAUAUCCAUCCCCGGAGGCGGACCGGCCGUUCCCAAGGGCACCAAGCGCCAGCAGCAGCAGCAGCAGCAACAACAGCAGCAACAGCGCGCCUCGAAGCUAUCACACGCUCUCUCCAGGGAUCAAGCAAAAGCGCCAGCCCAGCAGCAGGCCACCGUCAGGAACAGCGGCAUUUCCAUACGCGGCCUCGCUGGCCCACCAAUCGUCAUGGCCCAGAACUUUGCGCCAGGCACGACAGCCGCCGACAUCGAGAGUGCCUUUACCCCAUGCGGCGGCAUCGUCACGAGCUGUCGUUUGUUGAAGACGAGUCCCAUCAUCAUCGCCGAGAUAGUGUUUGAGGACCCCAACGGCGCCCAACGUGUGAUUGAUCAGUUCAACAACCAGAUGGCUGACGGCCGUCUCUUGAGGGUAUACCCUAAAGUUGGUGGCGGUGCCGUCACGCAGCCAAUCGUCUCCAGGCACCAGCCUCUCUGGAACGGGAGCGGAAACAUCAUAGAUGGUUCACACGGCUUCUCGGGCGUCGACUACGAUACCGGGAUGGAUGUCGACGGUGGUGCUGGAAGCGAGAGGAAGCUCUACAGCGACUCUUUGCUGCCUCGGGAUGGUAAUGGCGGCCGUGGGGGCUCAAGGGGUAACAAUCGCGGUCGAGGAAAGGGCUCGGGCCGUUAGGAAGAACCUGAACUUUUCCCCUGGUGGCGCGGAUCAAAAAUAUCCGGCCAGCCAGACCAUACGCAAUACGACUCACGCUCGGAGGCACGUAGUCUCGUCCAGGAGACGCAGAAUUCGCCUGUCCCUUCGGAUGCAGGCUUAGACGAGAGGGCACAGUGGGACGGCCACUCGCAGCAGCAUGCGCCGAGCCCACCUCGCGGUACUCCACCAACGCAGCGUUCGCGAUACCAUAACGACAACAGACGCAACCAUUAUGAAGCGGAUUAUAGCGGCAACGGUAAUCAGUCUUACUAUGACAACGAUUCGCACCGUGCCUACCGCACUGGGUUUUCACCUCGCCGGGAUACAUCUUGGUACUAGAACUAAUAGUUAGUUGGAAGCCUCCUCUUUCAGGUCGAAAGGGCGGGUCAAACCUUAGACAGUAGUAUUAGAAAGGUCUUUCGCUUCUCUAAUUUUUCGCUUUUUGGGGGUUAUCCACGGUACCUGAAAUAUGUGCGUAGAGCAUCUUGAAAACCAAGCCAGAUAGAAAUACCAAAAUUGCCAUACUGAAUCGAUGACGCCGCCUCUGUGGCUCAUCAUUCUAAUGAUGAACUAUCUCAAAAGAUUUCUGGCCAUUAUGGAC